ACCAUGCAUAGAAUCUGCCGUCAUUCCGAGCAGCCAAGGAAAGGGUAGGUCACCGUGCAGUACAAAAUGCUCUACCCCCUGUGUGCAAUCUCUCUGCUAUCUUCACCAUCGAAGGGAUCAUAUCGUUUCCUCACACUUGUAACUGAGAGCUACUCAAACUCGGCAACAUGAACGUUGAAGAAAAGAACCAGCCUUUCGCGGCUCUUGACGGCCGCAAGUCCUUCAGUAUCUCUGGCGAGCAGAUAGUCACCUCUCUGUCCGAGGCAGAUGAAGCCUUAGCUUUCUUAGAGAACCAUCCCAGAGCUGCAGAGAUUGCACAAGAAGGCGCCGCCAUUCUUGAAGAUGACAAGCAGCGGCGACGCCUUGUUCGGAAGAUCGAUCUCGCCAUAGCACCCCUCCUCGCUGCCGUCUACUUCUUGCAAUAUCUCGAUAAGACCACUCUCAGCUACACCGCCGUCAUGGGCCUGCGAACAGACGCCAAGCUCCACGGUCAACAGUACUCGGAUCUUGGUAUGCUUUUCUACAUUGGCUUCCUCGCGACGGAAUUCCCAACGCAGUACAUCGCCCAGCGUCUAGGCAGACUGUCUCUGUAUCUGGGAGGCAACAUCGUCUGCUGGGGCAUCGUACUGGCUUGUCACGCCGCCUGCAACGACUUCGCUGGCCUCGCCAUCUGCAGGACUUUGCUGGGCAUGUUCGAAGCGUGCGUUGCACCAAUUCUGGUCAUCAUUAUCGCGAUGUGGUACAAGAAAUCAGAGCAAGGCCGUCGAGUCAGCUGGUUCUACGUCUGCAACAGUAUCACGCAGAUUGUUGGUGGCGCUGUCGCGUAUGGUGCUUCGUUCGCAAAGGGUAGCUUUGCAUCCUGGAGGAUCUUCUAUCUCUGCAUAGGUGCCUUGACUGUGGUAAUGGGCGUGCUUGUGGCUUUAUUUCUGCCGGAUAGCCCGGUCAAGGCUCGACGCUUCACGGAUGCAGAGAAGGUGGCUGUGCUUAUGAGAGUGAAGGACAACCAGUCUGGAACGCAAAACGCUCAUCUCAAGCGCUCGCAAAUCUUCGAGACCUUCAAGGAUGCCCGUGUUUGGCUCAUCUGCCUUAGCACCUUGCUCUCUUCGAUCCCGAACGGAGGUAUCUCCAACUUCAGCAGCAUCCUCCUGACGACUUUCGGUUACACGUCGCGGGAGGCUCUUAUUAUGAGCAUGCCUGCGGGAGCGAUCGGCAUCAUCUUCGUCCUGUUCUCAGGCUGGCUGAGUGACAAGCUGAACGACCGCAGCGUCGUCAUGUUCGUCUGCAUCAUUCCUACCAUUCUCGCCGGAGCGUUGAUGAUUGGCUUUGAUCCUACCGGUACUCCGCUAAACAAAGGUGCCCUCCUCGCCGCCAGCUUCUUGAGCGGUACGUUCGGCGCCGCCUUCAUGCUGCUUCUAGCAUGGAAUGCGUCGAACAUUGCUGGUCAUACGAAGAAGGUGACCACGAACGCACUCACGCUGGUCUCGUUCGCUUUAGGUAAGUACCACUCCGGCUAUCUCCCAUGUAUUGCUCUUCACUAAACGGUCAACCUAGGCAACAUCCUCGGCACUCAAACCUUCCAGACAAAGCAAGCUCCAGGAUACAUCGGGGGGAAAAUCAGCAUCUGCGCUACCCUUGGCGCUUUGUGCUUUGUCAUCGUGGGUCUGCGGUUCAUGAACGAUCGACUGAACAGGAUCAACCAGGAGAAGCUGGCGGGUAUGAGCGAGGAGGAGAAGGAAGCUAUGCGAGAGAAGAUGGCCUUCGCAGAUCG